ACCCGCCGCUCUACCCGGCAUAAAAGGCGCGGUGCCCCCGUGGCGGAGCGGCCCGGCCUAUCGGUGCCUGGCGCUCGGCUGGCUGGCGGCGUUAUCAAACGCGGGGCAUGGCGGCAGCCGGCGCUGCGGCCAGGGCGGGGGAUGAGGCGGCCGGAGCGGGCUUAGUAGUCAACUGCUCAGGCCAAGGAUUGCAAAAACUGGGUCCAACCUUGCCCUGUGAUGCUGAUACUCAGACUCUGAUUCUGGACAAAAAUCAGAUAAUUAAAUUGGAACACUUGGAGAAAUGCAGGAAUCUGAUGCAGCUCUCUGUAGCCAACAAUCGUUUAGUGCGGAUGAUGGGUGUAGCAAAACUGACCAACCUCCGAGUGCUCAACUUGCCCCAUAAUAGCAUUGGGUACGUGGAAGGGCUGAAGGACUUGGUGCACCUGGAAUGGCUGAAUUUGGCAGGAAAUAACCUUAAGGUCAUUGAACAAAUCAAUUCCUGUCUGUCUCUUCAGCAUCUUGAUUUGUCAGACAAUAACAUCGCUCAGUUAGGCGAUCUCUCCAAGCUCACCUCGCUGAAGACUCUGUUGCUACAUGGAAAUAUUAUAACUUCACUUCGCACUGCCCCUGUUUGCCUACCUCAGAGUUUGACUGUUUUUUCUUUGGCAGAAAAUGAAAUCAGAGACCUAAAUGAGGUUUCCUUCCUGGCCCCUCUUCGCCAGUUGGAGCAGCUGUCAGUUAUGAACAAUCCUUGUGUGAUGGCCACACCUUCUGUCCCUGCCUUUGACUACAGGCCUUACAUUGUCAGCUGGUGUCUGAAUCUGAAAAUUCUUGAUGGAUAUGUGAUUUCUCAGAAGGAAAGUUUGAAGGCAGAAUGGCUCUACAGUCAAGGGAAGGGAAGGUCGUAUCGACCUGGGCAGCAUGUCCAGCUAGUUCAGUACUUGGCUACUGUUUGUCCUCUUAUUUCUGCAUAUGGACUACAGACUGAAGAGGAUGCCAAACUGGAAAAAAUACUGAGUAAGCAAAGACUCCACCAGAGGCAGUUGAUGCAUGAAAACCAAAAUGAGGAACCACCUACAACUUCUGCUCCCAGCAAAACAGUGCCAGUUGCUCAUGAACACAGUGGCCUGGGCCAGCCAGCACAGAUGGUUCUUGAAAAGGAACCUAUCAUCAAGAGGAAUUCUUGGGUUGGACCAAGUGCAAACAGUGAUCAUUCCUAUGCAGUAAAGAACACUUUUCUUCAUGAAAGAAGCUUUUCCAAGGAGCUACAGCUGGAAGAUGUACAGACAGGUGAAGACAAACUAAACAGCAGCCUUUUAUCCUCAGAGUCUACUUUCAUGCCAGUUGCUUCAGGAUUGUCUCCAGCAUCUCCUGCUUCAGACGUGAAGCGACAUGGAAUCAGUUUGGGCCUAGAAGAUGAUGAUGAUACAGUGAUUGAAUGUGUGAGAGAUGUUAAUAGCAGGGAAACAACUAACAAGCAAGAAGCUUUGUCUGUUACAGGAGAGAACCCUAAUAGAGCAGCAGGAAGUGUGGGAAUGCAAGAGAAGAUCAAAGAGAUCCUGCAGGAGCCUGCUCCUGAUCCAGUAACAGCUGGGUUGGCUGCAAGGACUGGCAUCCCUUUAGGGGCCUCUGAAGGCCACCCCAGCACCUCGUUAGCUGCUGAAUCAGGAGUAAAAACUCUCUGUCCUGCCCAGAUGACAGAAGACAGGUCUGGUUCACUGGCUGUGCGAGGUGCAGCACCAGCUGCUCAAGGUACAGCUGAACUGCAGAGGAUGACUGAAGCAGCUACCAAACUUCAAGCUUCCUGGAGAGGAUUCUACACGAGGAACCACCAUCCUCGAGCCAAGGAGGUGCGGAAUGAAAUUCGACUGAACAGAAUGCAGGAGCACAUCGUUUGCUUAACAGCUGAAAUAGAAAAACUAAGAAAAGAAAGAGAAGAAGAGAAAAUACAGAGGCUUGUACAGGAGGAAGCUGUCAAAUUUCUUUGGAACCAGGUUAAAUCCCUUCAACAAUGGCAGCUUUCUGUGAUGCAAAAUUUAGGUGGUUCUGGGAUCCCUUCAGCCAGUCCUUUAUGUUCAUCCAAACCACCUCUUCAGUCCUCCACAGAGGAGCAAGAAACCCCCCCAGCUGUUAGUUCUCCUUUGUUAGCUCCACGCAGUGAGGAUGAUCUUCAGGAAAAGUCUCUGUUGCAGUUCCCAGAUUCUGGUUUUCAUUCUUCUGCAGCUGAUCAGACUCAUGCCAGUGACCUGUGUAGCUCUGAAAAGAGCUUAGCUGAAGGAACUGAGAGCUCCCUUUCAGUGGAAACCAUCAAAGAACGUGGCUAUUGUGUUUUAGCAUGUUCUUCAGAUGUAGAGGAUGGCCAUGGGGAGUGUGGGCAAAGCAGAGAGAGCUCUAGUAAUGAGCAGGACAACGGACUGAUACAACAGUACUUAAAAUCUGUUCAGCAGCUGGAAGAGGCUGAUGAAGACACAGAUUGCAAUGAGGAAAUAGAGGGCAGCUGUCUACAAAUGGCUGUGUCAGCAGAAAGCCAAGAUUCUUCCUCUGACACGAUCUCUGUAGAGCUCCCUCAAGACACAUCCUCCCCUGUCCAAGGUGAAAUCUGUCAGACACCACCAGAAAGCUACAAACUGAAUUCAGGAAUAGGAGAAGGGAACCAAACAGGCCGUGAUUCUUCGUUUCAGAUGCUGCAUGUUGGGAUAGCUGUGUAAUAGGAUCAUUUCUAUAAAGGACUAGGGAUUCCAUUUCAUUUUCUCUUUCUUUUUCCUGUUUAUACAAAACUUAUUUUUCAUGUGUGCUGUUCCAGAUUUUGACUCAUGUUAUGCAUUUAUGUUGUGAUUACUAUUUUAUUGAUGUUGCUGAGGAUAGACACUAACUAUGCUAACCUGAAAUCAGCAAAGUUCUCAGUGACAAUCAUUAUGCACUUUAUUUUCAAACAUAAAACUGGUAUCCUAAUAACUGGCCUCCAUUAAAUUAAUUCCGAAGACUGAGGGGGUGGAUGGUGGUGGUGGUAAUGUCUGCUGUAAAUUCACUUUGGUGAAUGUGUUAGUAAGUAUUUGUUUGGGUUUUUUUCCUGCAAAGAAAGAUUAAGUUCUUGCUUUGCAAAGAGGAGCAAACAAUAUGGGAAGAAAUGGAGUCAGUACAGGCAGUAGAUCCUGUCAUAGGCAGGAUACAGCCUGCUGAGAAAGAUGAAAGGUUGCUUUUCAGACUUCUUUUGACUUAAACAAGAGUAACCCAGUCAGUGUAUCAAAGAUGCUUUGCAGGAAACCAAGGUCUGAGUCAGUGACUCUUCUGUAAAUAGCUUGAAGCUGCUGGCGAGGAAUUAGAUCAUUUACACACACACUGAAACAAGGACUUACAGGAGAGAGACCUCAGGGAGUUUCAAACCGGCCUUGACCUUUCUUUGCCCUGGGGCUGAAUUUCCCUUCCUUCUCAGGUAAGAUUCAAAAAUGGAACCAGUAGCAGCCAGGACUAAAUGAGAAUUUCAGAAGGGCAUGUGAUUUGGGAACAUCAUUUCCAAGACUGCCCCGCUGGGUACAGCAGCAGACUUGGUGGUGUAUAUAUUAACAUCCACAGGAUGCUAAUACCCUGGAGAGAUUGGGAUUUGCAUGGCUUUCAAGACAUGGCUGAGUUUGAUGGGUCACAACUACUUCUGUCUACAGGUAUAAAUACUAAAAGCAAAUGCCAUGACUUAAAAUUCUUUCCUGAUAUCUUUGUUGCAUUUUUUUGGUUGGGUUUUUUUUUUUUUUUUUGGCCUGUAUGUCCAGUAUUUGACAUUUUAUUUGGAUGUGGAUAAAAAGUUGUAUUUCUUCCCUGUCAGCAAAUAUGCUGAGACAUCUUGGCUAUGCUUUCCACUUAAACACUGGGAGAGCAGCAGGUUUGUAUCUUACCUAGCCAUUGCUGUGUUGGGUUUUUUAAUGGAAAACGAUCAGAUAUCUUAGUAUACUUCAACGGUGACAAGGGAGAUCUGUUUUGCCAUGUGAUUUGUGAUGGACACUAGUGAAAUAAAAGUUGAUGUUGAUAUUUACAGGGGUCCAUUGCAUUUGCUGAUGCUGCAAUGUGUACUGGAAGGCCAGUGUUGCAGUAGUUUGGUAAUAUUUACUUCUCAGUUACAAAGACACGUGCUUAAUUGUCUGGAUCCACAGGUUAACUUCUGGUGCUAUGGUGUCACUAAAACCAACUGUCACUCUUUAAAAAUUACUCCUAUGGCCACGUUGCCAUGUAAAAUAAUUCAGUUUUUGUGAAAGCUUUGGUUGCAUGUCUGUUCUUUAGUUCCAAGCUCAAAUUUACCACUACUCAGUAGUUAGGUAAGAGACCAGUAUCUGCUUGAGGCCUCAAAAUAUCCUUUAUUUAGAACUUAAAUGGUGUAUUGGACUUGUACCAGCCCUGUUCCCAUUGGUGAAGUCCACCUUGGAAGAAUAAAGCUUGCCUCUGUGCAUAGAGUAGCCAUCUCCUCCUUUUCUUCCACUCCAAAAAGUUUCAGGGCACCACCUUCUCCCUGCAGUCAGGCUGACCUUGGACUGUGCCUUGCCAGUAUGGGAGCAUUAAAGAAAACCCAGAACAGCUGAGGUGGUGGGUUCUUAAUGUGCUCUUGCUAACUGAAUGUAGUUACAGCACGUCUGUAGCAUGACCGUAUAUUCACAGUUAGAGCACAGCUGUGCUUGGCUAUUGAAAAUGGUGCAGGUGCAUUGAUGGAUCACAACAUCUGAUAACCUGGGCAAAGCACGAUCAUACCUUGUCCUCUGAAGGUGCUGAACUUGGCUCUAAAUCUGCCAUGCCUGGGGAUCUGCAGUUCAUAAGACUUAGCUCUUUGAAUGUCAGUAUGUUAUGUAAAACCCCCCAAACUUCAAAGAGACCUUGGAUUUUGAGAGGGGAAUUAUUUCAGUUUGUGAAACAGUUGUUGGAUCUUGCAUUCUGGAGGCAGUGGUCGGAUGUAAUAACACACUAAAAGUUUUCUGGCCAAGAACUUUAUUGCAAAUCCUGGGAGAAACUAGACCACUGCCUGGCUAACAAUGUUUCACUUCCUGGAGACACCGAGGGAGCAUAUAUAUUUUGCUGUUUUGCAUUGUCACUUUUGCUGCAUGGUUAGAUGUGAAGCAACUUUAACUUUUGGAGUUGUCAGAGGGGGAAAACUUGGUGCAAGUAAAUUUUCCAUGGAAGCCCUAGAUGUUUCUUGUCAUUUCCUUUGUUAUUAGGACUUGCAAGCACAAAGACAAGGCAGCUUUAACUCAUGCUGAGGUCAGCUGUUGUCCUUAUUAGUGUGUAAUGUGUAUAUCCAGAAAUAGUUUCAUGCAGGUACAGUGAAGCAUGUACCAACAAAUUUCCAGCUUUAUCUCCCUUUUUUUAGGAAACAGUGAAAUACUAGAAGUUUUUUUCUAGUGUUCUGAAAAGUAUCUUGCAUGUGUAGAAGAUGAGUUACCUAAAUAUAGAGAAAUUAAAUGGUGAAGUUUUGGAAUAGUUUUUACAGGAUUAAAUGUAAUUAGUUUGUAUAUACAGAAAAUAUUUUCUUCCUGACCAUUAAAAUACAUACAGAGAAAGACGUAAUGAGGGAUACAGUGGAAAAAAGGAAUAAAACUGGAUAUGUACUUAAAAUUGUCUUCUUUCAGCCCUGGUAUGAGCUCUCAAAGAAUCAUGAUGUGGAAGUACCAUAGUUUAAUAUAUGGCUUAGCAUUUACUCAUCCUUAAGUAAGUUCCCUUAAUCUAGGUAUGUGAUAUUCUUUUAACUGGAUAGGGAUGCACAGUUUUCCUUUGGAGGUGAUGGAAAUUUCAUAAAGGAAUUGGAAGGCCUAAAAUAUAUCUGAAACGUCCCUGUGUUAAUAUUGUAUCCUUUCCUUUUGCAAGGCUUAGUGUUCAGCAGAAGAAUGUUCUUUGUAGAAGAAAAGCUUCUCUCUUGUGUGUUGUCCUGGGCUGAUCCUCCAGUGUUAGUGGGAGAGAUAACUUGGUUAUUUGCCAGGUAAUGUAGCCAGCUCUGCCGUGAGUACAGUUCAAAUGCUUCUUUAAUUUGCUUCAGAAGAAUCAGAUAAAUAUAGCUCAGACUAUUUAAACUGCACCACACAAGUAGUUUUGCUCCAAAUGAGAUAGCUGGCACCUGCAAGCCUAUUUUCAGCUAGUCUGUGGCAGAAAUUACUCUUUUGCCUCUUUUUCUGAAGGCUGAGACAAGUGGUUCUGUAUAUCGUAAAGCAAGAAGGCAUUAAGACUGCAAAUUUUAUUUUGCUGCUUCUGAACCACAAAUGUCCUUAGCAAAUACUUGAGAAAGUCCUUGCUAAACUAAAUUGCAGAAGCCAACAAUUGUUGAUACUUAAGUUUCUUAAAAAAACAUAAGUUCUAUUAUUUGCAUGCAGCAGUUUAAAUAAUGCACUUAGCAGCCAUUCUCUAUAUAAAAAAAACUUGGUUUUCUUUCAGAAUAAUGUUUGUUUUUGAGCUUGCAAACUGUUCCUGUUUUUUUAUGAAUUUGUAUAUAUUGUCUGAAGAACUCCAAUUCUUGUUUCUACUUGUAGUAGGUUAUCUGAUGAACAAAAAUGGAAUAUAUGUUCCUUUGAGAUUACCUGGAUAAUUUUUACUGCACUUGAUGUUCUAGUGUGUCUCACACAGAUACACUUUUUCCUGAGAGGAUAGAAUUGUAGCAGUUAGGGGAGACUGACUGAAUGAUAAUAAAAUGUAAAAACUGGUCAGUUCCCCUGCUAGUGGAAAAGACACUUUUUUUUCCUCUCCUGUUGUGUUAACUUUCCCCACUUCCCCCCUUGAGGACUGUGCCACCCAAAUAAGUAUGCAUCAAGUAUUCAUAAAGUCUUUCAAAAUGUCUUUUAAUAGUUACACUUUUUUUCCUCCCCAGAUUGGCUUUCUAGGACAAGUUACUGAGAAGCACUUACUUUCUAUAUGCCUACCAAAAAACUGGGACUCUGUCUUUUUUAAAAUGUUUUCUUUGUCAGUAAUGGAAAAAGCACAGGAUCCCUGUCUUGCAAAAACAUAAACCAGUAUUUAUCAGGAAAAGGUGCUUUAUCUCCUGGAAAGUGCCAUGCCAAAUUUUAUUGUACAAGAGCUCUCAGUAAAAAUCUUUUUUUCUGGCUUCAUUAUGUUUAUAAGUAUAUGGGCCAAAUUCAUUUGUAGCAUAAUUCUACUGAAUUAAAUUUUUUUGAGACUUUCACAUGAGUAUUCUACCUCUAAACUAGAAUUUGAAAAAAAAGAACAAUUGGGUAUUGAUUUGUCUUUCUAUUUCUUGCUGUUUUCUGUGAAGAAUGGUGGGUGGUUAAAUUGAUACCGUUCAUAUAUUUUCUAUAAGUGUUUACAUUUUGGAUUUAUUGUUUCUUAAGUAUUUUGUUUGUAUCUCUGAGUUUUGAAUUUUAAAUAAAUGAUUUGUACAUUUAUUGAAAA